AUUAAAGGCAGCAGAUAAAAAAUGACAGGUUUGUGUUGCAGGAGACGUUAAAGGUCGACGGAGGCUCCGCUCGGAGACGCAGAAGAAGACGCAGAAAAGAGGAUUUGUUGACAAAAUCACUAAGUUGGAGAAGCUCCUCCUCUCCGUGAUGUAGCCGCAAGUCGGAACCUCCUUAAUUACUAAUUUCUCCACAUCCAAGCCACGCUCUCUCCCUCCCUGCUCUCUCUCUCCGUCCGUCUCUUUUCUCUCUCUCCACUCCUCCAUCCAUGCAUCUCUCAUCCUGACCCUCCUUUCUCGCUCCUCUCUGUCUCUCUUUCGUUUCCAGCCCGGAUAACGGAGGUGGACGAGCUUGGAGUUGUUGUUGUUAUUAUUUUUUUAUUAUUUAUUCCUCGUUUCUUGGGACCCACCGCCACCGGGCAUGGAGGAUGUAAAAGACCCGCCGACCGUCCACCGGUCCUCCUCCUUCAGCAUCAAGAGCCUCCUGCUGCCCUCCAAGUGCGACCGACCGGACUCCGUCGCUGCAGCCGCCGCCGCCGCUAUCGUCGGCAUCCCCGGGACUCUCUCUCCCUCACCGGGCUCCGACUCUGAGAAGUCGCUGGACCCGCCGGAGGUGGACUCCACAGCCGCGGCGCUGGACCCGGAGAAGCCGGGCAAGGAGGAGCAGGGAGAAGAGGAGGAGGAGGACGGAGGGGGAGGCGGAGGAGGGGACGGCGCCAAGGCAACACCGGAGCAGAACACCAACGGUAACAACAGCGGGAAAAACGGGAAAUAUGACAAGCCUCCGUUCAGCUACAACGCCCUGAUCAUGAUGGCCAUCCGGCAGAGCCCCGAGAAGCGGCUCACGCUGAACGGCAUCUACGAGUUCAUCAUGAAAAACUUCCCGUAUUACCGGGAGCACAAGCAGGGCUGGCAGAACUCCAUCCGGCACAACCUGAGCCUCAAUAAGUGCUUCGUUAAGGUGCCCCGGCACUACGACGACCCGGGGAAGGGGAACUACUGGAUGCUGGACCCGAGCAGCGAUGAUGUUUUCAUCGGCGGGACUACCGGGAAGCUCCGCAGGCGGUCCGCCACCUCCCGAGGAAAGCUGGCGAUGAAGCGCGGACUGCGCUUCGCUCCUCUCGGCUUGGGGAUUAACGAGCGGGCGAACAACCCGCUCUACUGGCAGAUUUCUCCGUUUCUUUCCCUGCACCACCACCACCACCAUCACCCGCACUACAACGGCUCAUCCCCCGGCUUUUUGAACCAGGCGGCCGGCUACGGCUCGCUGCUGCCCGCCGUGGAGCAGCUGAGCAACGGGGACCUGGGGCGCUCCAUCCUCGGCGGGUCGGCCGCCGGGGCGCUGGGCUUGACGAACAGUUACGGGAUGAGCACGUCGCCGGUCGGGCUGCUGUCCGGACAGACUGCCGGGUAUUUUGUCUCAGGGACCCAACACGCAGCUACGGCACCGGGGCCGCCGGGAGGAGCGCCGCCGCCUCCUCCGCCGCCGCCGCCUCAUCUCCAGCAGGGCGCACCGGGUUUCGGCGGCCUGGCGACCAGCAGCUCCCCGCAGUCGCUGCUCUCGGACUCCCUCAGAAACAGCUCCCUACCGGCCUUCUCCCCGGGCGUGUCCGCGGGGUUCCCCGGGGUGCUGUCCCAUCAAAAGAGGGUGACCCCUAACGCGUUCCUAAACUGAACUCCCCCCUUCCCUCGUCCUCAGCUCUCCGUGGUUGGCACCAGGACGAGGGCGCACAAAAGACGCCAAGUUAAGGGCAAAUAAUAAAAGUGGUAAAUAUCGAACACUGAGCGCAAAAAAUAUAUAUGAAGUGAAACUUUUUUGGCCAUAUUCUGCCCCGAAGUGCAACGGGUUUAUUUUGAUUAUUAUUUUUUCGCAUUUGACUGAAAAAGGGACAAACUUUUGUUACCCGCGGGCUGUACAACUGUAAACUAGUCUUGCCAAAGGUAACAGUAUAAGUAUAUUUCAAGCUAUUUAUAUCUUGUACAAAGAUUUUCAGUACUUUCUUUGAGUCGUUUAUUUAUGUUUUGUAUUUAUUGUAUGUAUAAUGUAUUUAAAUUCUAUUUGUCCGUGUAUACUCAUCAGUAUUAAGGAAUAAUAAGGGGGGAGGGCGGUGCUGGUGGUGGUGUCGGGGUGGGGAGGGUUCAGAUAGCUACAGGGUUAAUAGUAAUUAUUUAUGAAUUUUGAGACAAUCAAGGAAAGGAUGAAAAAGACAAUCAGAACUUUUUGUUUUCUCUUUUUAUUUUUCUCGGGAGGAAAAAAACUUUUGAAACUGACGAAUAAAUAAAAUAAGUAAAAAGCCUUAAAAAUCUGCAGAAACAAUCAGGGUUUUUUGAGAGGAAAAAUAAGCCUACAAAUCAUAUCUCUACUCAGGUUUGACCCCGGACAGGCCUAAUAAUAAUAAUAAUAAUAAUAAUAAUAAUAAUAAUAAUAAUAAUAAUAAUAAUAAUAAUAAUAAUAACAACAAUAAUAAUAAUAAUAAUAAUAAUAAUAAUAAUAAUAAUAAUAAUAAUAAUAAUGAAACUGUUCUUUCUGAAGAGUUUCCUUCCAACAUGAUGAUAUCCAAAUAGAAAAUUAACUUUUAUUCAAGCAAAUAAUAUCCGAGCUGCUGCUUAAAAGCAGAUUUUUUUUUUUUUUUACUCCGCCGCCCUUUUAAAGGAAUAAAUGCAUGGAUAUUAAUGUUUUUGGAAAAUAAUUCUUCAUGUGAAAUUAUGCAAAGCUACACAGCUGUAACAUGAGUUUUUCUAUGUUUUUUUUUUUUUUUUAAAUUUUGUGUUAAUUUAAAAAAACCUACAUUGUCCCUUUUUCACUUCUGUUCAUUUCCUUUUGUACGUGUGUGUGUGCGUGUUUGUGUGUUUGGAGGCCUGGACGUGCGUCAAACCUCCUGCGCAUGUGCGCAAAGGCGCGACGCUCAAGCGAGCGUCUUUUUUGAUUUUGGGGGGAAAAACCGACGCUUUUCUGCCGCAUUCAUGCAGCUUUUCCUCCCCGCUCUGCUGCUCUGGUGCCCGGCGGAGGCUGGCGGCUUGGAGGCCUCAGCUGGAGCUUUUAUUCUGGAGACACAAACACUCAUCAGGCCUCCAAAGCUGCACACACACACACAGACACACAGACACACAGACACACAGACACACACACACACACACACACACACACACACACACACACACACACACACACACACACACACACACACACACACACACAUUCAGAUACAAUAAUAUCUAUAAAUAGAGGUGGAAAAGUUGCAUUUCCACAACCUUUUUUUAAUUUUAAUUUUUAAAUUAUUUCUGGGUGCAAAUUCUAAAAAAAAAAUCUACUGAGCAUUCCCUCAUGGAAACUCUUUGUCAUUUUAGUUUUCUUUUUAAAAAAAAUCUCCCUUUUUUCCUGCAAAAUGACCCAUUUCAGAGCAGCAUGUGUUCCCUAAACUUGCACGACAAUCAACAAAACUGGAGGUUUUCCAACCAGCUGCAGUGAAAUAAUAAUCUAUAUGCAACUUAUUUUUGUAUUUUUGAUUUUCUGGGGGCACAACAAACUGAUAAAAAUCAUCAGAACAGAACAUUAAUCUGAUAAAUUCUGAUGCUUGAUGUGACGAUAUUACCGACACCAUGGUUUUAGUGAAGAGACAACUUGGUGUUUUAGAUAUUUAUUUGAAAAAACAUGCAAAAAAAACAGGUUUAAAAUGAUGCAUUUGUAUUUUUUACCCAUUUUCUUUCAGUAAAUAAUGAAUUUAACUUUCUUUUAACACGUUUCAUUUUGUUAGCUGUGGCUCAGAGCAUCACAAAUUUAGAAAAAUAUCAAUUUAUGACCAAAAAAUGGUCAAAUUAAGUUUCAUUAAACACCAAGGUGUCUUUUCAGCAGAGCCAUUUGGAUGUAUUGGUUAUGACUGAUUUUGCUUUCAGUUAAAUUAUUUAAAUCCUCAAUAAAUAUUUUAAUUGAUUUAUUAUUAUUAUUAUUAUUAUUAUUAUUAUUAUUAUUAUUAUUAUUAUUAUUAUUAUUAUUCAGUGCAGAAUGUGAUGCAGGGUUUAAUUUAAUGCAAAUUAAAGGACAUAAAACACCAACAAAGGAGGAAAAAUAAGACUUUUGUGCUUUUUAAUCAGCAAAAACUAGCAUUAACAAUGUUUUGUUACGGAUUCGCUUUUGUGUGUUUAUACAGAAAAAUAAAAAAAUGCAUUUUACAUCAGCAGGAGCAGAAAAAAGCAAAAUAAAAGUAUUGAUCACUGAGGUAUUGAUCGAUCCCUCCUGUCCACAAAUACAGCAGAUAAAAGCUCCAAGCAGCAGCAAUAACCAUGACAUUUAAAAAAAGCCUUUUAUCUUAAUAUAAGAUACUAAAACAGAACAUUUUUACAAUUUAAAUAAAAUAAAUUCAACUCUGUCCAGUCGUCGCUGGCGUUAAAGUAAAACUGCACUUACUACAAUUAAAUCUAUUGAUUAUUAUUGAUAUGAUCAUCGAUUUCGGGCCUUUCAAUGCAAAUAAGCACCAUAAAUACAUUACCCAUAGAUUUAAUUUGCAUUUUUGGUGUUUUUCAAACUGCAAAUAUCAAACCGGAAGCCGCAGAACUUCACACUCUGCCUCCCUCCCCCCCAUUUUUUUAGUUUUUUACAGUGAGACACUAAAUCUUAUGUAUCUUAGAUAGAAAUAAAAAACCUCCCGAAGCCCCAAAAACAGAACCGAGCUCAUCCUCAGAUAAAAAAUAAAUGUCAAAAUAAGAAUAUUUUGGGCGAAACAAAAGCACAAACACAGUCCAGCAGGUCUGACUGAAUAUUCAAAACGUUUAAAUUCCAAACAGGAAAAAAAAAAGGUCUGUUUUUCUCUCUGUGUUACUUUUUUUUGGUCCAUUUUGGGUUUGUAAAAAAAAAAAAAGAAUUAUUUGUUUUGGAGAUUUGUUCUUUUUUUGUGUUUUUUUGCACUUUUGUAGUUAGCGUUCACUCGUAUGAAGUCUGUACUGUCUGUUCCGUUGCUGUCUGUCUGUUUUUAUUUUCAGAGAAACUAAACUUGAUUAAAAAGGAUGAAAGAACCUGAA